UUUCUAUCUUACAUAUACGUAAGCAUACGUCUCAAACUGAGGAGGAGAACUUUUCUUCUCUCUCUCUUUUCGUUUCGUUAUCUACAUCUUUUGUUGAGAUGAACCUCGACCUCUCUGGCUGAUAAUCCUCCGGUUUCUCCUUCGAUUUCCUUGAAUUCGGAGCACUUGUUUCUUCAAGUAUAUCAGUAUCUGCUUUUGAGUGGAACGGGAUAGAUUAGCAUUUCAGGCGCCUACGGUUUUAGAGAGAGAGACCCAAGAAUCAGUAUAGUAUGAUGUUCAGUGUGUAUCGUGGAAAUAUCGAAGAUGACAUUGUGUUUUGAUCAUUUCUUCGUUGCGUUCCUCUUCAUUUAUAUUGCUGCUUUUUCUUCCGCGAUCUACGAUCCAAGAGCGACAACUACGAAACCGCCGGAACGUCGUGAAUCAGUGCUUCCUUGGCAUUCGACCGAGACAGAAUCGUACGUUCAAACAACAUUACGUUCUCCAAAAUGGUAUCAAUCACAAGACAACGUUACAUCCAAACCUAGCACAAAGAAUUGGAGUUCUUGGCGAAAAGCUCCAAAUAGCGAAAUUGAACAAAGAACGCAAAUUGAUACACAGGAUUACAUUUCUAAACAAAUUCCUGAACAAAUUUCACAAAAGAUCCCAGAACAACACCAUAAUUUCGAAUUUGAUCAGUUGAAACAAGAAGAAAAUCUAAAACCUCCUUCGGAAUAUGAUUUUACUUAUUUCGAUAAAAAUUAUAAUCAUUUUAAACACGAAUCAAAAUCGAAUGAAAAUCGCGUUCAGUUUCCAAACGAAAUUGAGUUUGAAUAUAAACAUCCACCGAGAAAUGAUGAAACUAAACAAACCCACAUAUUUCAGAACGAAAAUUUGUACGAAGGCGUGGCUAUUGACAGCACGAAACCAAGAAAGGAAAACAUACUUCUUUCACAAAAAUCGCAACAUAAAGUGGCUCGAUAUAAUCCUCAAUUAGGUAUUCAAUGUCCUGACAACAAUUCGACAGGACAAUUUGUUUAUCCGCUAGAUUGCAAAUUUUUCGUCAAUUGUUGGAAGGGUCGCGCAUUUGUUCAACCCUGUGCUCCUGGUACUCAUUUUAAUCCUGAUACCCUGGAAUGCGAUUUUCCACACAAAGUAAAAUGUUACGAGGAUGAAUUCGCCAAGUUCAAAGAAUCAGAUUCUGAAUUCCAAGUUAAUCGAAAAUCGCAAAAAUUACAAGAACCGAAAUGUCCACCUUUUUUGACUGGUUUAUUGCCGCAUCAUGGAGAUUGCACAAAAUUUGUACAAUGCGCGCAUGGUGUAACUUAUAUUAUGAAUUGUGGUCCUGAAACAGUUUUCAAUCCUGUUAUUGGGAUAUGCGAUCGGCCCGAAAAUGUCAAAGGUUGUGAAGACGCUUUUAAAUUUGAUAAAAGUGACAAAUUUUCACCUCCAAAUUUAAACUUUGGACACGAUAAGGCAAAAUAUAUUGAAGUAAAAAUUUCAUGUCCUACGGAUUUUACGGGAUUUUUACCUCAUCCGGAAACGUGCAAAAAGUUUCUUCAAUGUACAAAUGGUAUUACUUAUAUAAUGGAUUGUGGUCCGGGAACAGUUUUCAAUCCUGUUUCUACGGUUUGUGAUUGGCCCUACAAUGUGCCCAGUUGUAAAACAGAUAAAUUCGGUGAUAAAGUACACAAAAUAGAAGACAGUACUUGGGUUCGAUUUGAUAGAAUUGACGAUCAUAAAACUCAUAAUUCUCGUGCUUAUGUUUCUCGACCGGAAUAUAGUACGACAAUAAGUACGGUACUUAAACCAACUUGGAGACCAUUUAUGACAAGUCAAUCCUGGAUACCAACACGGACAACUCCGAGACCACUUUAUAAUCGUUAUGAACAAACUGUAAAUUAUCAUAAUCGUUAUCAGUCACGUCCAGUGGAAGAAAACCAAUACCAAGAUUAUACAUCACAUCAUCCAGAAUGGACGUCAAGUAGUAAAAAUUUCGAACAACCUUCUGAUAGUAAUUAUAAAUUUCAAAAUCACUCGACUAGGCAAUGGGCGAGAGAUUAUAGAACUGGUCAAGAUUCACAACAACCUAAUCAUCCAGGAGGAUCAUGGUCAGGUGACAUAAAUCAAGAUCGUCGUUAUGGUCAUGAAUAUUAUCUUCCCGGUCAACAUUAUCACUAUCAUCAUCAUCAUCAUUAUUAUGGAUCUACAUCGAAUCCACCAGCGAAUCCAAGUUGGAACUCAAGUAGUCCUAUUGCUACUAUUGGUAAUCGAAAAUAUGAUCACGGAUAUCACGAAGUUUAUACUUCAAACGCAAGUGAUGGUCAUUGGCGUCCCGAUCACGAUCAUCAUUAUAAUCAUCAUUACGUUGAACAUGCUACAUCGAGUGAAACAGACCAAAAGCAAUUUCAACCGUAUUUUCCUACUAAGGAACACAAUGAAGAUGAUACACAGUUUUAUAGCAAACAUAACAAAACAUCAUUUUAUGCCCCUGUUGAUGAUAAUUUGCCAUCAAGUCGAAGAAUCGAUCAUGAUCACUUGCUCCCAAAUAGGCAAGAUCAUAGCGGGACGAAUCCUAGACUUCAUCAUCCCGGCUUCAAUAAUACUUCUCCACUCGUUGGAAAUGUUUUCUUAAAUAGUGAUAAUAAAUUUGCUGCGAACCAAAACGGAUCGCUACAAAAUGGACUAUCUUCUCCUUGGGCAGGACAAGAAAAUAUCGUUUGGAAUCAACAUAAUGGAUCUCGUUUCAAACCGAAUACGCGGCAUGAUCAACAAAAUCAAGAAGUACAGACGGAAGUUCGAACACGUCCAUGGCAUCAAGAAGAAUCUCCGUUCCCAGUUUAUUAUGUGCAGCCAGUGCAUCCAUUAACACACUCAAAAAGAUUUGAUCACUUAACACCUAUAUCUGGUCAGACUGUUCGUUUGAGAAAUGGCUCUGGGCCUAAUAAUGGUUACGUUGAAGUACAAGGAAUAUUGCCUGGUUGGGGCAUUGUGUGUGAUUCAAGAAAUAGUUGGACUUUAAAGGAAGCUCAUAUUUUGUGUAGACAAUUGGGAUAUAUCAGAGGCGCAGAAAUGGCUUGGCAAGGCAGAAAUAAUCGCAGUAAUAUGCCAACUUGGAUUGCUGCGAAUACUGUAACAUGUCAUGGCAAUGAAACCAGAUUUCAAUCAUGCAAAUUCACGCAUAAUCAAGAGUGCCGUGUAGAUAGAGAUGCAAUCGGUGUACGAUGCGUCUCCAAUCGUGUCGCGCAUUGUCGCAAGGACGAAAUUCCUCACAAUGGACAUUGCUACUAUUUAGCUGAUCCUAGUAGCGGACUUAAUCAUGCUGAAGCAUUAGACCACUGUAAACAAAGGAAUGCACGACUCAUCGACAUCACUAAUCAAGCGGAGAAUAACUUUGUUUCGGAGUGGCUGUUGCAAUCCCAUCCGAAAGUUAGCUCGAUUAUGACUUCCGGCUUUGGUUUCGCUACCAUGAAUCGUAGCUUGUGGCUGUGGGCGGACUCCACUCAUGCGAAAUUCAAAUUUACAAAAUGGUGGCCUGGAUGGAUGAAUGAUACCUUACAACCACCAUGGGUGGGUUCUCGUCCUCUUUGUAUCGUAAUGAAACGGAAAUUUCCAUGUCACGAACGACCCGAGUCAAUAUGUAACACAGAUUAUUUCUUCUGGGAUACUGAAGAUUGUGCAACUACUUCAAAAGGGCAUUCUUUCAUUUGCAAGAGGCCAUAUGAUGAUAUCGGUUGCGUUUAUGGGAAAGGAAAUCAAUACACUGGUAAAGCUAACGUAACAGUAUUAGGAAAUAAAUGUCUUUCAUGGGCUGACGAAAGAAUCGCACAUCAAUUACGCAUAAAUGUUGUCAAUGAACAAAUUCGAGAAAAGCUGAAAACACAUAACUAUUGUAGAAAUCCCAAUCCGAUAAAGGAAUCAAGACCAUGGUGCUUCAUUGAAAAUGGGGAACGUGAAUAUUGUGAUAUUCCUGCCUGUGGAAAUAUUGAUUCAAAACGAUCGAUGUUAACUGGGCAAUGCAAGCCUAAACAUUUUGAAUGUACACCAGGAGAGUGUAUUCCAUCUCCAUGGGUUUGCGAUGGAGAAGAGGAUUGUACAAAUGGAGCUGAUGAAAGAAAAUGUAUAAUGGAUCUCAAUCUCUUUGAAAAAUCCGCGAAACAUAAACUUGACGGCUACGAUGUGGAGAAAUGGUUAAAUACACCUUUGAAAACUUGUGCUUUAAGAUGCAAAGAAGCUGAUUUUACUUGUCGCUCAUUUAAUCACAAAUCGGAUGGCAAUGUGUGCUUAUUGAGUAACAGUAAUAUCGGCUUGACUGGUGCACUCAAACCUGAUAAGGAAUUUGAUUAUUAUGAAAUGCGAGAAAGAAGCGUGAACUGUGAUGGCAUGUAUAUUUGCAAUAAUCACAAGUGCAUAAAUCAAACAAAAGUUUGCGAUGGCAAAAACGAUUGCAAUGAUCGCAGCGAUGAAAGUAUUUGCACAGCUGAAAAUUUUGAUUACAGUAUCCGUUUAGCUGGAGCAAAUAACAGUUACGAGGGCCGAGUAGAAGUUAAAAUUUUAGGAUAUUGGGGACAGGUAUGCGAUGACGGCUUUGGUAUGAUUAAUGCUGACGUUAUUUGUAAAGAGCUUGGUUUCGAACUUGGAGCUUUGGAAGUUAGACCAGGUGGAUUCUAUGGAAAUCUCGAUCCACCCACGAGAUUUAUGGUGGAUCAAUUAAAAUGUCGUGGAAACGAGACCACGUUACGGGAAUGCGAUUUUAACGGAUGGGGAGUUCAUAAUUGUCAACCGGAAGAGGCUGUUGGAAUUGUAUGUAAGAUCGCGGUCAAUACUUGUCAAGAAGGUUAUUGGAAAUGUGACAAUAGUCCAACUUGUAUACCGACUCCUUUCAUUUGUGACGAAGUGACCGAUUGUCCAGAUCAUUCCGAUGAGAGUCCGGAACAUUGCGAUGCACCGUUUGAAUUGCGCUUGGCGAAUGGCAGUGGUUCUCUACAAGGAAGAGUAGAAGUGCGCCAUCACGGCGUAUGGGGCACCGUAUGCGAUGACGACUUUACAAAUGCUACGGCAAUGGUCAUUUGUAGAUCUUUGGGAUACGGCGGUAUUGCAAUAGCUAAGAAAAAUGGUUUCUUUGGGCCUGGUCAAGGACCAAUAUGGCUUGAUGAAGUUUUUUGUCAUGGAAACGAAUCGCAAUUAUAUCGAUGCGAACAUAAUCACUGGGGUCAACAUAAUUGCGAUCAUAACGAGGAUGCAGGUGUAAUUUGUUCACCUGGAGAUAUUAACAAUGCCGAGCAGUCAUAUUGGGUAAACGGCCAAGAACAUCCGGAGCAAAACAUUGACGAGUUACUCCCAUCAAACUGUGGUCAGCGCGCCAAAGAUUUUAAUGACGAUGGAGGCUUAAUAUUUCAGAAAGUGGUACAUGGCUCCAUUGCACCGAGAGGCACUUAUCCUUGGCAGGCGAGCAUUCGUGUCCGAGGGCACAGUCGAUCGAGUCAUUGGUGCGGCGCUGUUAUUAUAUCGCCUCUACACGUACUAACAGCGGCACAUUGUUUGGAAGGUUACAACAAAGGCACUUAUUUUGUUCGUGCGGGAGAUUAUAACACUGACAUAAACGAAGGAACGGAAGUAGAAGCCAACAUCGAAGAUUAUUACGUGCAUGAGGAAUUUCGUAAAGGCCAUAGAAUGAACAACGACAUUGCUCUAGUCUUGCUUAAGGGCCUUGGUAUCCCGCUUGGCAAUGAUAUCAUGCCAAUUUGCUUGCCACCAGAAAAUAUUGAAUAUUCGCCCGGGCUGAAUUGCACGAUCAGCGGAUUCGGUAGUGUCGAAACGGGCAAAACAACACAAUCCAAAGAUUUACGAUACGGCUGGGUGCCUUUGCUGGACCAAUCAAUUUGUCGCGCCAGUUAUGUUUAUGGCGAGGGUGCUAUAAGCGAUGGAAUGAUGUGCGCUGGAUAUCUUGACGAGGGUAUCGAUACGUGCGAUGGCGAUUCUGGUGGUCCUCUGGCAUGUUAUCACAAUGGAGCUUUUAGUUUAUAUGGGAUAACUAGCUGGGGUCAACAUUGCGGUAAGGCGAAUAGACCUGGCGUUUACGUUCGUGUAGCAUAUUAUCGUCGAUGGAUUGAUAAAAAAAUUAGAGAAUCGCUAGCAGGUAGAUGAAAUUAUAAAAUUCGGCAUUUAUAAAAUUUCAAUCACACGUGCAUAUUUGUCUGUUUGUUUAUUUUAUUAUCUUAUUUUUCUUAUAUAAAAAAUCAAUUUCUUUAAAUAAAUUAUAAAUUACUAACAAACUAAUAUUCAUUAACUAUUGUAAUUAUAAAUUACAAUAUUUUAUCGUUAUAUGUAAAUAAAAUACUUACUUUGUUUUAUUA